GUGUGCCGGUGUCUUAUCAAAAUCAAAGUCGAGUGAUAACAUGAUCACAAGAACUAAGUAAAAUUAAACUAUUAAAGAAAAGGCUUGUUGUCUUGUUCUAAGCAAAUUGGAAAUUUACUAUUCUCACUCAGUUUUUAGUUUCAAAAUACUUACUUUUCCUCUUUGAAAGACAUAACGUCAUAGCAAUCAUGAUCAUUUCGGAAACUCUAUCGAAAGUUCAUUUGAAUUCGUCCAGAAUCGCCAAACUUUUGAAAUCCAUAAAUGACGAAAUAUCAGAAGUUUCGUCUGCUGCUUUCCAGUUGAAUAAGACGAAUGGUGAGAAUCGAAUUUCUCAGUUGCAGGCGGAAAAUCGUGUCCUAGAGCAGCAAGUUGAGGAAUGCAAACAAGAACUAAUUAAAUUACGUAUUGCCAAUAACAUACCUCAAAUUCCCAUUUCUCCACAAGCUGCUACCACCACUACCACAGAAGUGAAAUGUGUUGUUGAAGAACCUGAGAAGGUUCCUCAAAAAUCCGACGUCGAAGAGAAAAAGACUGAUGUUUCUAAAAGCAAGAAAUCAACGAAAGGGCAAACCAACGUUACGAAAGCGAGUGAAACCGAACCAGAUUUCGGAUUACUCGAUAUCAAAGUUGGGAAAAUUGUGCAAGUUGAAAGACAUCCGAAUGCUGACAAAUUGUACGUGGAAAAAGUAGAUUUUGGCGGUCCUUCAUGUUUGACUAUUCUGAGCGCUUUGGUUCCUGUUAUUCCGAUUGAAGAAAUGCAAAAUCGUGUGGCUUUAUUUCUUACAAAUCUGAAACCACAAAAAAUGCGAGGCAUUACUUCCGAAGGUAUGAUAAUGUGUGCCAGUGAAGGAGAGAAAGUCGAAAUUUUAAUUCCUCCCGAAGGCAGCGUCCCUGGUGAUAUCGUUCGUGUUGAGGGAUAUGAAUACAAACCUGAACCCAAUAUUACUCCUAAGAAAAACAUUCUUGAGGUAAUAUCGCCGCAUUUGAAAGUGAAUCAAGAUAAAAUUGCUACUUAUAAGGGUAUACCGUGGAAUGUCGGUGGAAAAGGACCAGCUACCACUCGUUUCAUUACUAAUGCUAAUAUAAAAUAGAAAAAAAAACUACCAUCGUUCUUAGUCAUUUUUUCUACUUUUUUGUUUUUUUGAUUUGUAUUUCGCAUGUGCUUACGAAAAAAGUGUUGCAUUAUUUAUUGAUAGGUAGAUACCUACAUGAAUAAAAAGCAAUGCCGAACUUCUCGUGUAAUGAUAUUUAUUGUUUGUUCUUCAGAUGAAUGAUUUCAUUAUUGAGAGUUGAUUUGUUGUGUCUUCUAUCGAUGGAACACUUUGUGAAAUACUUACCCAAUAAAAAUAUGAAAAGCUA